ACUGUGAGCAGAGCAGGCGAGGCACGGCAGUCCGGUGCUCUCCAACUUGGAACAUGUCGAAGACAGUCAUUUCUUUACUGAUCCGUGGACACCCUACUCUGCUUCUUUGUGCUUGAUACGCGGCGGAAAACGAGACCAAAGCCCCGAAGCAGGUGCUAGAAAAGAUUUAUCAACUCAAGAGGAUUGAUUCAGUGGGGCACUUAAAAUUGCUGCAUACAGGCAUUAUGGUAUUUAGUUAAAGACCUAUGAGCGUACUGACAGUAGCAAACAGUGAUAAUAUGCAAUCAGUCAAGCAGGAGGUGGACUCCAAUGAGUCCUACAGUGGAGAGGAUGCUCUGGUUCUGGCUGUGGCCUUACAAGGAGCUAACAGAGACCUGAUGGGCCACAAAAUCUCUGCAAUUCCCUUCAAGACUAAGUCUGCCUGUCGUAGAAAAAGAGAGUUUAUCCCAGAGGAAAAGAAAGACACCGUUUACUGGGAGAGGCGUCGUAAAAACAACGAGGCGGCCAAGCGCUCAAGGGAAAAGCGCCGCAUGAACGACAUGGUGCUUGAGAACAAGCUGAUGGCCCUUGGAGAGGAAAAUGCGUCCCUCAAGGCAGAGCUGCUGUCACUGAAAUUGAAGUUUGGCCUGGUUACCUCAGCUGCAUAUGCCCAAGAAGUCCAGAAGUUAUCCAGAUCCACUUCUGUCAACCUCUGUCAGGGGUUUGUUCCACCCAGUACCAGCCAAAGUUCUACCAGCAGAGAUCUGGAGCCUCCUCACCUGCGCAGCAGCUGCAUAUCAGUCAUUAAGCAUUCACCUCAAAUGCCUGAAACAUGCACUGCAACACAGGGUAGCUUUACUUUCUGCAGAACUGCAGAUGUCAAGCAAGAACCAGCAGAGAAUGCCAGCUAUGCACAAGGAAGGAGUAGUCCCUAUGAACUGUAUAAACUCUGCGUGGCCAGCUCUUUGUCUGGAAUCUACUCCCAGUCGGCCUCAUUCAUGCAGAUGACUAGGUCAUCCAGUAACUCACCACGGAGUUCAGAUGACUGUGCUGUAAGCAAAUCAUCAGAUGGUGAAGAUGAGCAGCAGGUCCCCAAAGGGUUGGUGCCAUCUGUUGCUGACCCAAGAAGUGUCAUUGUCUCCACUCACAAAGUGCCGGAUGCCAGUUCUUCAGCUUUGCCGCAUAAACUGCGAAUCAAAUCCAGAACUAUCCAAAUCAAAGUAGAGGCCAUUGAUCCUGAAUACGAGCCCUCUGGAAAGUCGUCCUCUCUUGUCAGUGUUUCAGAGGGAGAAUGCUACCAGAUCACUCAGGACUCUUCAGAGUACAUGCAGGCCUCCCACUGCCCUUUGUCAGUACAGGUCACCAAUAUGCAGGACUGGACCCACCAGUCAGAGCAGUGGCAUCAAAGCAGCACAGUGACACUGCAGGGCGGUACAAAGAGUACAAAACGAACCCCGAGCCCUGUCUCAAACAAAACAAUUAUUGAUUGAAGAUAAGUUUCAUUUGCACACUUAAAUGCUGAGGACUUUGGCCUCUGAGAAAGGUUCUGCGAUAGUCAACCAAAAGCACCACUCAUCAUCAUCAUCAUCAAAUGGAUGUUCCUCUGAAUGACCAUCAUAU